CGCCGUGUUUCAGCAGCAGGGAAGAACAGAAGGAGGGAACUGCUGCCUGCUUGCUCGCAGAAAGAAAGACUAACGCAGCGGAACACACGGUAGGCUGCUAGCUGAGAGGGCAGCAUGGCGGGGCUACACGACUUCCACCAAGGCAGCCACUGUCACAGGAAAACGUGGAUUAAUAUACUAUUAGGAAUACUUCAGUUAGUUCUUCCUUUUGUUCAACAUGGAGGGGCUCAGCUCCAAGCACUGAGUCAGAUGUCCACCAGCGUGGUCGAGGUCUGGCCACCAGAGGAAGCAGAUCCUUUUGUCCCACUUCAGGUGGAGAAGGAGCGAAGAAAAGAUGGUCUUCCACUAGAGGACAGCAGCUCUUCUCCAUACACUCGGGAGAAUGGGAAGCUGCUGCAUUUUCAGCCCCCAGUGUUGGAGUUUGGAACACAGCCGCUGGGGCUGCCAAGAGCUGAAACCAUAUAUAUACACAACCCCAGUCAGGAAGUUUCUGUGACACUGCUAUCAAUGUUUACAUCCAGCAGGCAUUUUUACAUACCUUCCUUUCACAAAAUAGUGAUCCCACCACGAGGGAAGGCAUCUUUUAAAAUAAUUUUCCUCCCAUCUGAGGAGGGCAAUUUAGAAAACACAUUAUUUAUAAACACAUCAGCCCAUGGGCUGCUGUCAUACCAGGUAUUUGGUGUGGGAGGUCACCAAGCUUCAUUAAAAUCUUUCCAAAGAAAGGAUAGUCUUCUAAUAUUCCCUCACAUCCAGAGCAUUAAACUGACCCAAACUCAGGAAGAUGCCUCCAACAUCACUAUUCUGGGUCUACUCCUGGAGUGCAGCUUACCGAAGAGUCUGCUGAACAAUCCUCAGGGGUCCUGCCUCCAGAGUGAGGAGCGCCUCAGUCUGCAGAUUAAUCUGUCGGCGCGUGGUGACCAGCCCGCUGACCUGGACAAGCUCAAGCCCUAUGUCAUUGAGCACAUUUUGUUCCUGCUGGUUGCUCCUACUGCUGGACAGGCUGCAUUAGGGGUUGGAAAAAUAGCAGUGUAUAUGUUAAAUUCUGGAGGAAAGAAGCUCUAUAUAAAAGACAUGCAGGUGCUAUCAAAAAUGGAGGCCAGCCUGAGCUUAAAUCAAGUCCUUUUGAGACCAGAAGCAAAAAACUUCACUGAAGUGGCUACCUUAGCAUGCAGAGGCUCCUUGCCAGGCCAUGGUCAGAAAUGCAUAAGUCAUAUCAGUUUGAACAUAAUGGGAAAUAAGACCAGCUAUAGAUUUCCUGGACUACAUGUCAGACAGAGAUGGACAGCGGGGGAUUUGUUCAGUCUGAUUCAGGUUAAGCAAAGCCAGUCCAACCAGGUGGACCUAUGGUUCACCAACCCCCUCCCACUGCCCCUCACUGUAUUGAAUGCCAGCCUCUCAGAAAAACUGCAGGGGGUAAUGAAGGUGAUCAACUUCAGCAGUCCACUGGCAGUUCCCCAAGGCUGCUGGCAUAUCCUUUCUCUCCAGCUGCUCAGCAGGGCUCUGCCCGUCAACCAAAUGUUGACACUGAGUCUGGAUACCAGCCUGGGCACCGCCCUGCACAUUCCUCUCUACUUCCAUUCUUCUUCUUCUUCUUCCAAGGGGGACGUGGUGUUUGAGGGCGAACGAGUGUGUGGACGCCACUGUCCUUUGAGAUUAUCUGAAACAGGUCGCUCUGAGUGGCAGCGCUCUCUUCUCCCAGACUUUUCCUUCUCAUCCUGGGCUGUAGAUAGCAAACUGGCAGCUGAGCUCUGUUCUCGAUGGCAGAGUCAAAAAGACAAAUUGCCCUGCAGGUGGCCCAGAAUCCCUGUUGAGGCCUCCUCUACUCUGGACUUUGGUGCUACACCCGUCAAUGAGAGCAAAGUGAAGACAUUCAUGCUGAAGAAUCCUUCGCCUUCAGUAAUUUCUGUUGAGAUACGAAUCAUCUCGCUUUACCCUUCUCCUUUAGAAGCUCUGGACCUCCUGACUAAAUGGUUUAAUAUCAGCCCCCUCUCUGUCAACAUCAGCACAACAGAAUUUUCUCUACCGGCUUCUCAUCAUAAGGCGGGUGAGAGUGUAGACACCAGAGGCGAGGGUGUCUUACGGUUGUUGCUGCAGCCCUGGGAGGCCAGAGAGGUUUCCGUGGCCUUUACUCCCUCUGAACAUAAACCCAUCACUACCAUUCUUAUCAUCAGGAACAACCUGACAGUGUUUGACAUGGUGACUGUGAAAGGCUAUGGGGCUAAAGAGCUGUUAAGAGUUGGAGGCAAACUGCCCGGUCCAGGAGCCUCUCUACGCUUCAAUGUUCCUCAGUCAACUCUAAUGGAGUGUCGUGAUGGUCUGCGCACCAGUAAGCCCCUUUUUGCCAUCAGAAAGAGUUUUAAAGUGGAGAACGCAGGAGAGCUUCCUUUGACUGUCAUGUCAAUGAAUAUUAAUGGGUAUAAGUGUCAAGGAUUUGGAUUUGAGGUGCUGCAGUGUCAUUCAUUCAGCCUUGAGCACAACUCCUCCUCUGAGAUCACAAUUGCGUUUACCCCAGAUUUCACCUCAUCCUGGGUGAUCCGAGACCUCACCCUGGUGACAUCACGGGGUACCACUUUCCCUUUUACCCUGAACGUGACACUGCCCCAUCACAUGUUGCCUCUAUGUGCCCAGGUGGUUCCUGGGCCCAGCUGGGAGGAAACUUUCUGGGUAGUCACUCUCAUAUUUACCUGCUUUUCCUUGUUUGGUGUGUGUCUGAUGGCCUUCCAUCAAGCACAGUAUAUCCUCAGUGAGUUCUCAACACCCAGCAUCAGGAGCAACCACAACUCCGUCCUAUCACGAGACAGCAACUCGGUCAAUAAUAUCACGCUCAAUGGAGUAAAUAAAAAUAAAGGCAGCUGCAAGACGUAUGUGGAUACCUGUCACACGUCUGACAAAGGUAAGGGGCGUGGCUCUCCGGCAUUGGCCAACAGCCCCACCCCUCGGCCUCAAUCCUCAAAGAAAGGCUCCUCAACCACUCCCUCCCAACAGCAAAAGAAACAUAAAGUUUCACUUUAUUACACCAAAUAUAAGUCCAGCUCAUCCACAGCUGCAGCUGUGAUUAUGGAUGAAGAGCAUGAAGACCUGACACCAGAAGUUCCGCUCACUCCAGACACGUGCAACAGCGACCCAUCAGAUUUUAUCAAUGAGCUGAUUAAAGGUGCAUCCACAGACUUUAAAGAAAACCUCGAGAGCACUAUGGGAGUUUCAACCACAGUUACGUUUCCCAUGGAAAUACCUGAUUGUUUCCCUGAUAACAUCACACUGUGUCCAGGAUCCAGACCAGAUUUAUUAGUGUGCAGUCCUGUGGAUAUGAACUGCAACGAGCACUAUGCAGAGAAGAUAGAUGAUAAGAAAAAGGACAGUUCUGAGCUGGAGCUUAGAGAUGAUGGCAAAGGCCAGAAGAAGAAGGUACAGAGUACAGAGACGGGCACUGCAGCAGGAAAUAAUAAAGGAAAGAGAAGUCGCAGGAAGACUGAUGUCUCCAGUGGACCUGAGCACAAUGUUUUAGUAAUGCCAGAGAGAGACAACGAGCCUGAGUGGAAAAUGGGGGACCGUAAUGUCAAUGGAACCCGCAGCAGAACUCGUUGCUGCAAUGGCUUCAAGUCCGAAGCUCUAAAACCUGGACAGACUGCUGAAAGCCCUCUCAAACAGAACGGUGUGUGUCCUGAUCGCACUCGCAGAAAGUGUGCGGCAGAGUGGCGUGCAGGCGGCGUGUGCGAAUCGGGCUCAGACUCUGGCAGCUCGUCAGGCAGUGUGAGGGCCAGCAGAGGGAGCUGGGGCAGCUGGAGCAGUGCAAGCAGCAUGGAGGGAGACAAAGACCACAGUGCUCGAACACACGGCUGCGAAGCCUUAUCUAGAAAAAGAGAUCCUAUGCAGUACAGUGUCUACCCUGCAGAAAAAGACUGCUACCAGACCAUGAACAUGAAUACAAACUACAAAGCUCUAAGCACAAACAGCUUGUACCAUAAAGAAACAUGCCAAAGUCCAGACUCCACAGCAUCCAGUUUCAUCCCAAGUUUUGCCUCAGUUACUGCAGGAAUGGACAGGAACACAGACCUGACAGGUCAGUAUCUACCUGAAGAAACAUGGUCAGCUCCAUCCAUCCCCCUCACCAAUGAAUUCAGAUACAACACCUCAGAAGCUCUGCCCUGCAUACCUCAGUCAGCAGUCAAUGGGUCAUACAAUGGGUUUACUUGGAGUAGUGCCAACAGCCAUUGCAACAGUCCUUGCAACUACAUCGGUAAUGGAACAUUUCCAAGUGGUUUUGCCAAUCAUAAAGGCCAAAACACACACAGUAACCAAACCAGUUGGAGCGAGGAGCCGCCUCAGGAAUCACACCCAACCUGGAACACAGCAGGCUCCGUGGGCAGCAAGCCUUACUUCCCAGGUACCCGCAGCCUCUCCCCCAUGUCCAGUCUGUUCGGGUCCAUCUGGACACCCCAAAGUGAGCCUUACCAGAACCAUUUCCAACCUGAGCGAUCAGCACCGAUAUCCCCUAUGUCACCCAUCACGCCCAACACCCCACCACACUCUCACUAUAGCCGGGAACCAGAGGGGACCUACAGGCCAAUCCAGUACUCCAGCUUCAACCCUUUCGGCCCACACAUGAACCUGGACAUCUGGAAUUCUUCGUCCAACCGCAGCUCCAACUCCCAGCUCUCCAACGAUUCUGGCUACUGUGGAGAUGUUUAAGAAAGUGAAAAAUACAGAUCGGAAGACCUUAACGAUAAUUGCAAACAUAUAAAACAUUAAAGAAAGGAAAUAAUAAUGAAUGUUCUUUUAUCAAUAAGGGGGAAAAUGUGAAUAUUUCUUUUAUGUUCCAAUUUUCAGAUGUUAAACGUUGUGACAGGUUAAACAUUUGUUGUAUAUUUUUCUAGAUGUUUUGCAGUUUUGAUCCUAGAAAAAUAAAAAAAAAAAGGUUUUGUACUUGAA